AUGGAGAUCAAUCAUCAUAGUAUUAUGCAGGUGAACAAGAAAAUGAAGGUGAAAAAAGGGUUUAUUGCGGUUAGGGUUGGUUUAGAAGACGAAGAAUUUGAAAGAUUCACCAUACCUAUUUCGUACCUAUACCAUCCGUUCUUCAAGAAGCUUCUCGAUCAAGCUCGUGACGCCUAUGGAUACAACGACGUCGGCCCUCUAAAGCUUCCGUGCUCCGUCGACGAUUUCCACCAUCUUCGGUGGGGAAUUGAGAAGGAAUAUUCCGAUGGUCACAAUCACCAUCACCACCAUCUCUACCACCGUACUGGUGCCCUAUCCUUCCGUUCUUGCUAG